AUGGGAAACUCCUCAGAAUUCCAGAAAGCAGUGAAGUUGGUGAUUGACACAGUUUCGUUUGAUAAAGACUCAACGGUCCAAGUUUUUGAGGCAACAAUCAGGGUUUUGGGAAGCCUGCUUUCUGCCCACAUAAUAAUUACAGACACCAAACAGCCUUUUGGUGAUAUGACCAUUAAGGAUUAUGACAAUGAACUGUUGCAUAUGGCUCAUGACCUAGCAGUGAGAUUACUUCCAGCCUUUGAGAACACCAAAACAGGAAUUCCAUAUCCUCGGGUCAAUCUGAAGAAGGGGGUACCUCCGGACAGCAAUAAUGAAACUUGUACGGCAGGAGCCGGUUCCUUGCUGGUGGAGUUCGGUAUCCUUAGCAGGCUGCUCGGCGAUUCCACGUUCGAGUGGGUGGCCAGGAGAGCUGUCAAAGCGCUCUGGAGUCUCAGGAGCAAUAACACCGGACUGCUAGGAAAUGUUGUGAAUAUUCAAACCGGUCAUUGGGUUGGGAAGCAAAGUGGAUUGGGAGCAGGGUCGGAUUCAUUCUAUGAAUACCUUCUGAAGUCUUACAUCCUCUUUGGAGAAAAGGAAGACUUGGAGAUGUUCAAUGAUGCUUAUCGGAACAUUCAGAAUCACUUAAGAAGAGGUCGAGAAGCUUGCAAUGAAGGUGAAGGUGACCCUCCUUUGUACGUUAAUGUAAACAUGUUCACAGGACAGCUGAUGAACACGUGGAUUGACUCUUUGCAAGCCUUUUUUCCUGGACUACAGGUAUUGAUAGGAGAUGUGGAAGAUGCUAUUUGUCUCCAUGCUUUUUAUUAUGCCAUAUGGAAACGAUACGGAGCUCUCCCAGAAAGAUACAACUGGCAAUUGCAAGCACCCGAUGUUCCCUUUUAUCCACUGAGGCCAGAGUUAGUGGAGUCCACAUAUCUUCUUUAUCAGGCCACAAAGAACCCAUUUUACCUUCAUGUGGGAAUGGAUAUUCUGCAGAGUUUGGAAAAAUACACAAAAGCAAAGUGUGGCUACGCCACGUUGCACCAUGUUGUAGAGAAGACAAAGGAAGAUCGAAUGGAGAGCUUUUUUCUCAGUGAAACAUGCAAAUAUUUGUAUCUGUUGUUUGAUGAAGAGAAUCCACUGCAUAAAUCUGGAAAUAAGUAUAUGUUUACUACUGAGGGACACAUUGUGUCUGUGGAUGAACGUUUUCGUAACUCCCUGUGGCAAGACAUCCUCCCUGGAGAAGAGGACAGCGCAGAAAGAAUUAAACCUAACGAAUUAAAGCCAGUCAACUUCAGUUCUAAUUGUAACAGAGUUCCUGAUGAGAGGAGGUACUUACUGCCUUUGAAGAGUAACUACAUGAGACAGAUUGAUCAAAUGGUGGGCUUGAUCUGAAAGGUUCUUCAGAGUAACUUUUAUGUAUGUCAGGAGGAGCACGGGAUUUGGCUGUAGACGUUCCUCUCCUUCAGCUACACACCUGCCUAUGCUGAGUCACUUGGUGUCCCCCAUGCUUGUUAGUUUUCAAUUACGGACGUGAAGGGAGAUCAUGUUCUCUUACGAGUCCCUUCUUCUGAACUGUGGUAACUCCAUGUGCCACCUGAAUAGAGAUUUCUUGUUUUAAGACUUCCUAUGAAAAAUGUUGUUGAAAAUGAAGGCUGAAUAUACUU